AUGCAUCAAUUAUCGACAAUUUGUUUCACCCUGGUCAUCGUAUCGGUGCUGGUGCAGAGUACAAACGGGAAACGAGGAUGUGCUUCGUUCGGGCAUGCAUGCUAUGGUGGCCAUGGUAAAAGAUCAGGUGCAUCUGGACCUCCGCUAUAUUCGGAAGGCAUUGAUCCUUCAAUGGUUUCUUUAGAAGCACUUCCGAUCCCGUACUCAAAACAAGCUAUGGACAAAUCGAAACCAAUGGACUUUGCGCAAGAAGGAGUGCGUUUGAACGAUCCUUAUGGCGUGGAAGCACCUGCUCAAAUUCAUCGUACGGAUAGUCGCCCAGCGGACCUUAAAUACGCCAUCUAUGCAAUGCUAAGACAACUGAUGGAAGAAUCAGCCGCAAACCGACUGGAGCAAUCAAACCAACAACAGCAUCAGUCGCUGUUCCCCCCUAGGGUCCUUUCUGGCACGGGAGACAUUGAGCGAAAGUAAAAUAUUUUGAUAGUAUCAUAACAUGUCGCGCUAUCAUGAUCGGUUGAUGCACUGGAUGAGUUCCUCUUCUUACUACAACAAAAGUCUGACACCUAUAUGCACGUACCGUUUGAAACAACCAAUAAGUUCCUGUAGAAUGUAAUGCUGAUGACGCAGGUUACAAAUGUUUGUGCUAUUGUUUAUUCGCACUCGGACUUAUUUUUUUCUGUAGCAAAUUCUUAGCAAUAUAACCUAGCUCAACCAUUUUUUUUAGCGAUGGAGUAACAUUAUUAAAAGAACUGUAUCGUCUAGUCACAAGUACUAGUGGGGAAUUAGAGCCACACAAAAUGUAAAUAAAUUGUACUGCAAUUAGAGCAUAAGAAACAGUCGUUACAGUUUGCAUAUAUACUGCACAUAGAGUCAGUAUGCAAAAAAGAUUCAAGAUAGCAGAAAAGUCUUAACAAAGAUAAGCGUCAAUGAAAAAGUGUGUUGAAUAGUUAAAUAACGAAGCAAAAAAUGGAAAAUUGCAAAUGGAUAUCUAAUAAAACAAAUAGUUAGACGAAACAUGUCAUGGCUGGGACAGUU